UGCAGUUGCGUCUCUCGGCCGCUGGGGGUGCAGUUGCCUCUCUCUGCCGCUGGGGGUGCAGUAGCCUCUCUCGGCCGCUGGGGGUGCAGUUGCGUCUCUCUGCCGCUGGGGGUGCAGUUGCGUCUCUCUGCCGCUGGGGGUGCAGUUUCCUCUCUCUGCCGCUGGGGGCGCAGUCGUUCCUGGUACAGAGCAGCCUGGGUGAUGACGCAGGGCCAAGAUGGCGGCGCAGGUAGAGCUGUGCUGUUUGGAUACUUUCCCCCCUCACCUGAGCCCUCUGGACGGCCUGCUGGCACCGUCCCACCUGGCCUCGCUGCUCCAGGAUGACUCGGACCCACCGACCGUCCUCUUCACCCCGCAGCGGCCUCCCAGCAGCGGGACACCGGGCAUCCUGCUGCGUGUGCACCCGGCCAGCGAGCACGAUCCCCCGGCUGACCCGGAGCCCGGUGGCCGCCUCCGGCUGCUCACCAGCCGGCUGUUCCUGCGGCUGCACGGCCUGCAGCGGGUGGGCAGCACCGGGACGGUCCGGGCCCUGAAGCCGGUCAGCCUCCACCGGGUGGUGCUCGGAGCCCGCAGCCGGCAGAGCCUCCGCUGGGCCGCAGCUGAGCGGUUCACCGGCGGGCUGCUGGAGCUCUGCAGCCCGGGACAGUGGCUCCUGGCCCGGCAGGGAGACCCGCUGCUGCUGCCCGGACAGCUGCAGCACUCAGACCUGCUGGUUCUGUCCUGCAGUCCGGUCCUUCAGGGUCGGAUCACCCCCGACACUUCUCUGGUCGUGACGGACUGCUGUGAUUGGCCGGAGCCGCCGAGCGCCGCCGCCCCCUGCAGGCCGCUCAGACUCUGCGUGUCGGACUUCGCUCACUACGCCGACGGCCUCGGGGGGGCGGGGGGGGGCCGCUCGCUGCUGGACAACAGGAAGCUGCUGGGCUCGGGCUUCUCGGGCUUCCUGCAGGCGCUGGAGUGCCGGGUGGACGUCCGGGUGGUGGACGCCCGGCGGUGGGGGGGGGUCAGAGGUCAGCAGGGUGGGGGUGGGGGGGUGGGGGUCAGAGGUCAACAGGGUGGGGGUGGGGGCGGGGGGGUGGAUGUGGAUAACUGCGUGUUUGUGAGUAAACAGCUGCUGCUCAGACUCGGCCUGUUUAACCAGGAGUGGGUGAAGCUGUCCCGGCCGGGGGUGGGGGUGGGGGUGGGGGGGGCCUGCAGACCGCCCCAGCCGGGUCACUGUGAUGUCAGAGGGGGGGGCAGAGAGAGGCUCGUCUCCGUGGUGACGGUGGAUUUGAGUGAGAGUCCAGAUCUGCAGUUUCACGACGAGGCCGGGUUCAUAUCUGAGACUCUUUGGUUCAACCUGACGGACGGAGAGGAGACGAGUACUGGAGCCUGUAGUGUUAGAGUCAAGCGUUGGCAGCAGACUCAGCAGCUCUCGGCUCGUCGCUCCGACAGUUUCUGCCGCUCGGCGUCUCCGCCCGUUGCCAUGGAGCUUCACAUCCAGCCGGUGGCGUCGCCGCUGUACAGCAGCCUCGGUUGCUAUGACAACCUGCUGGCCGAUCACUUCGACACGCCGAGACUGGUUGCCGUGGGAGACGUCCUCACAGUCCCGGCUGGAAACCAUCCAGACCUGCUGCAGAGCUCAGAGGGAAUAAACAGGUGUCCGGUGCUGUUCUUCAGAGUGCAGCAGGUUCAACCGUCAGCAGAGACAGAAGAAGAAGAAGAGAGAGGAGCGCUGCUGGCCGACAGACUGCACACCUCACUCUACCUGGGAGGUUCUACCAGCAGUCGGGUUCCCUGCUGCUCCGUGGAGGGAACGUCUCUGUGGGACAGUUUGUCUCCUCCAGGACUCAACGGGACGGUCGACGUGCUCAGCAGCAUCAUCCGGCCUCACCUGCAGCACAGCAGCUGUCUGUCGGGUUGCACCGUCCUCCUUCACGGUCCGGCAGGAAGCGGGAAAGUGACGUCGGUCAGCGCAGCGAGCCGCAGACUCCACCUGCACCUGCUGAAGGUGGACUGUGUGACGGUUUGUGCCGACACCCCCGCCGCCGUGGAGGUGAAGCUGACUUCGGUGUUCCAGCGAGCAGACGCGCUGCAGCCCUGCGUCCUGCUGCUCAGGAACCUGCAGCUGCUGCUGCGGCCUCGGGGGGGCGCCGACGAGGACGGCCGCGUCCAGGCGGCGCUCUGCAGGCUGCUCAGCGGCACCGCCAGCAGCGUGGUCGUCGUGGCGACCGUCUGCCGGCCUCGGGAGCUGUCCGGAGGCGUCAUGGCGGCGUUCGUCCACCAGGUGGCGUUAGAGAGUCCGGACGAGGAGCAGCGUCACGCCAUGCUGCUCAUUCUGAGCCGAGAGGUUCAGCUCGGCAGAGACGUCAACCUGGAGCGGCUCUCCAAGCUCACCGCGGGUCUGGUUCUGGGGGAUCUGAGGGCUCUGCUGGUUCAGGCAGGCCGAGCCGCCUGCAGGAGGCUGAUCCAGACCUGUUCUGGAUCCUUGGAGGAGGAUCUGUGUUCCAGCGGAGUCUCGGUCCUGAACCAGGACUUCAUCUCAGCUCUGGAGACUCUGCAGGACGCUCAGUCCAAAUCCAUCGGAGCUCCGAAGAUCCCUGCGGUGCGGUGGGAGGACAUCGGGGGUCUCCAGCAGGUGAAGAAGGAGAUCUUGGAUACGAUCCAGCUUCCUCUGCAGCGUCCGGAGCUCCUGGGUCUGGGUCUGACCCGGACCGGAGUUCUGCUCUACGGACCGCCGGGCACCGGGAAGACCCUGCUGGCCAAGGCCGUCGCCACCGAGUGCUCCAUGACCUUCCUCAGUGUUAAAGGUCCGGAGCUCAUCAACAUGUACGUCGGUCAGAGUGAAGAAAACAUCAGAGAAGUGUUCAGCAGAGCUCGCUCGGCGGCUCCGUGCGUCGUGUUCUUCGAUGAGCUGGACUCGCUGGCGCCCAGCAGGGGGCGCAGCGGAGACUCUGGAGGUGUGAUGGACAGAGUGGUGUCUCAGCUGCUGGCGGAGCUCGACGCGCUUCACUCGUCCGUCAGCGUGUUCGUGAUCGGAGCCACGAACCGGCCGGACCUGCUCGACCAAUCACUGCUGAGGCCCGGGAGGUUUGAUAAACUCGUCUACGUCGGCGUUAACGAGGACCGAGCGUCUCAGCUGCAGGUUCUUCAGGCCGUCCUCAGGAAGUUCCAGUUGGACUCGACGGUGAAGCUUCAGGAUCUAGUUCAGCGAUGUCCGAGUCACAUGACCGGCGCCGACCUGUACGCGCUCUGCUCCGACGCCAUGGCAACCGCUGUCAAGAGGAAGAUCUGCCUCAUCGACCAAGGUCUGGACUCUGAAGACUCUCCGGUUCGUCUCUCUGAUGAAGAUUUCUCGUCAGCGUUAUUAAACUUCAAACCUUCAGUUUCAUCCGACGAGCUUCUGAGAUACUCGAACAUCCAACAGAAACUCACAGCUGCUUAAACAUCACGCUGCUUCAGGAUCAGAUCAAUGAAUGAAACUCACAAUGUCUUAAAUCAAAUGUAAAUGUAAUGUAUAUAAUUAAUAAAUUAAUUUAUGCUGAUUGAUGAUAUGCAGUUUCUCUUUUUGUCCUGAUGGAGGCGCUGUGACAUCAUCGGCUAACGAGCUCAGA